AUGGGCACCAACACCCCAAAAAUAUCCGCCCGCCACCAAAACGGGCACCUGCCUACACACUCUGACACGGGCAUUCUGCACCCUACCAUCGAAGCCAUGAACGCGACUCUCGCUCGUAAUCUGGCUUCGCACAUAGGCACACCUGCUCCUGCGCCUCGAAGCGAAAAGGCAAAUGAGUACCGGGUUCGCUUGAGUAUCCGCAUGCCGCGCUCGGAAGAAGAGAGUGAUGCGGAGAUGAGUAGGGAUGUUAGGGGGUGGGAGUCUGAGGGGACAGUAUCGGCGGAUGAGAACGAGGAUGAGGAUGGGGAGGGGAGGAGGGAUUCAGCGUUUGGGAAGGUUUGUGCUGAGAGGAAAUUGGGAGUUUGA